AAGCACGUUACCGGUGAAUGAGAGCAUUUGGUUUCUUUACAGCGCGCCGUUGACAGGGGCUCUUCACCUCUGACAAAACAGAAGAGAUUUAUAAAAAUAUGAAGAGCUUUUCAACUUCGCCAGCGAUCUAUGAGAAUGUGGAGGGAGUCUCAUUUAAACAGAGGAGGGCAAGUUCUCCUUCGACAACAGAAUUAAGUGCCACCAUGAAUUCAUUUCCUGAGGGUUUACCACAACUGGACUACCGGGAAAGAGACCCCCCUCCUAAACAUCAUAAAUAUCAUGCCACAUUACAGAACCUUAUUCCUUUCCGCUUUGGUUCUAAGUCACACCCGUUGGAUGAUGCCGGGUUCUUUUCCUUCACCACGUUCGCGUGGAUGACGCCCAUGAUGUGGAGACUGUUCCGGAACCGCCUUGACCGGAGUUCGCUGUCUCUGUCGUCUCACGAUGGAGCACACAACAAUGGAAAAAGGUUGCAGAGACUGUGGGAAGAGGAGGUAUCCAGGGUGGGCUUGGAGAAGGCAUCUUUGGGCCGAAUUAUCAUGCGUUUCCAACGAACCCGUUUAAUAGCCUCUUUCAUCAUCUCUGUCAUUUUUACCUUCUGUGUUUUUAUUGGACCGUCUGUCCUGGUAAAUGAGAUCCUGAACAUCAUAGAACAGCCACAGGAGUCUUCAACACUUGUUCACAGUGUGGGCCUUUGUGUAGCCCUGUUCUUCUCUGAGUUCUUCAAGGCGUUUUUUGCCUCUCUGCUGUGGGCAGUGAAUAUUCGUACAGCCAUUAGAGUGAAGAGUGCUUUCUCCAUGAUGGCCUUCCAGAAGAUCAUCUCACUGAGGGUGAUGAACAGUAUCUCUGUUGGAGAGACGAUCAAUGUCUUGACAGCUGAUGGCUAUCGCAUGUUUGAAGCAGUGGUGUUUGGAACCUUUCUUCUCUGUAUUCCUGUUCUACUCAUCAUGUGCAUUGCAUAUGCUUGUUACAUCCUGGGUUACACUGCUAUCAUAGGAGUGCUGAUUUACCUAAUCUUCAUCCCCAUCCAGUUCUCCAUUGCCAGACUGAUUAAUGUAUUCAGGAGGCGAGCAGUGACCGUGACAGACAGCCGUGUUCGCACCAUGAAUGAGGUUCUAACCUGUAUCAAGCUCAUUAAAAUGUAUGCCUGGGAAGAAUCAUUUGAGAAGAAAAUCACAGGUAUUAGGAAAAAUGAGCGAUCGCUAUUGGAAAAAGCUGGUUACGCACAGAGUGUGAAUUCUUCCAUAACUGCCAUCAUUCCCACCCUGGCCACCAUCAUGACCUUCAUCGCUCACACAUUACUCAAGUUCCCACUCAGUCCUUCUACUGCCUACACUAUCAUCGCUAUAUUCAACUGCAUGAGAUUUUCUUUGGGUCUGCUGCCCUUUUCUGUUAAAGCACUGGCUGAAGCCCAGGUUUCAUUGGCUCGAUUAAAGAAACUGAUGCUGACUCAGAAUCCAAAGUCGUACCUGACCACGAUAAAGAGUCAGCACUCAGCUAUACAGAUGGAGAAAGCUUCAUUCUCUUGGAGCGCACCUGAAAGCAGCCCAUCAGCCGCCAACGGCACCACCAAUGGGGUAAAAGGAGUCAAAGAGUCAAAGGACCAAUUUCAGAAUGGCACUCAGAAAGGUGGAAUGCAUACAGAAGAACCCAAGCCAACUUUAAAGAGCAUGACAUUUUCUCUACCCAAGGGUAAUCUGCUUGGAGUUUGUGGCAAUGUUGGAAGUGGAAAAACAUCACUGAUAUCCAGCAUUUUAGAACAGAUGCACCUGCUAAACGGCUCUGUGAGCGUAGACGGAUCGUUUGCUUACGUUUCCCAGCAAGCCUGGAUUUUUCACGGCACUGUGCAAGACAACAUCCUAAUGGGAGAGCCCUUUGAUCAGGCCAGAUAUAACAGAGCUAUUCAUGCUUGCAAUCUCAAACCAGAUUUGGCAAUUUUUCCCUUUGGAGAUAAGACUGAGAUUGGCGAGAGGGGUUUGAACUUGUCUGGUGGACAGAAGCAGAGAAUAAGCUUGGCAAGAGCAGUCUAUUCAAACAAAGACAUCUACCUCUUAGAUGAUCCUCUCUCAGCAGUGGAUGCACACGUUGGCAAACACAUCUUUGAGGAGUGCAUUAAGAAGGAGCUGAAGGGGAAGUCUAUCAUUCUGGUCACACACCAGCUUCAGUAUCUGGAGUUCUGUGAUGAGGUUCUCCUGUUAGAGAAUGGAGAGAUUAGAGAAGCUGGGACACACAAAGACCUGAUGAAAGCAAAGGAACGAUAUGCUCAACUUAUCAACAAUUACCAGCUGGAGCAGCCGAAUGAUCAGAACCAAGACCAAGCAGCCUCAGAAGUGAAAAAGGGCCCAACAGAACAAAAAGAGAAGAACCAAGACAACAUCAAAAUGAAUGGGAUUGAUAAUCAAGCUUUUGAUAUGUCAGAUGAGAAAACUGGAUCAGAUGAUCUGCCAAAAGAAAAAGAAUCCAGAAACCAGCUGGUGACUCAGGAGGUCUCUCAGGAGGGUUCAGUCACGUGGAGGACAUACCAUCAAUACUGCAAAGCUGCAGGAGGGUACUUCCUGUUGUCCUUGGUCAUGCUGAUCUUUGUUCUGAUGGUGGGGAGUACAGCGUUCAGUAACUGGUGGCUCAGUUACUGGCUAGAACAGGGCGCUGGAUCUGCAAAUGUCACAGAUGCUGGAGAUAUCUCACAGAAUCCAGACAUUCAGUUCUAUCAGAUGGUGUAUGGGCUCACAGUGAUUGGCAUGAUCAUUCUCAGUGUUCUCAAAGGCUUUUCCUUCACCAAAGUCACUCUGCAUGCCUCCUCCAAACUUCAUGACACCAUGUUUAAGAAGAUCCUGGGCAGUCCAAUGAGUUUUUUUGACACAACUCCAACGGGUCGCAUGGUGAACCGUUUCUCAAAGGACUUGGAUGAGGUUGAUGCUGUGUUGCCCUUUAACAUGGAGAACUUCCUGCAGUCCUGUCUGAUCGUCACCUUCACCAUCGUGACCAUCUGUGCAGUGUUUCCAUACCUGCUCAUUGGCGUAGCAGUGCUCGCGGUCAUCUUCUCUAUUAUCCUCUAUGUGUUCCAGAGGAGCAUCAGAGAGAUGAAGAGGAUGGAGAAUGUUAGUCGUUCUCCAUGGAUUUCACUCACCACUUCCACCAUCCAGGGUCUGAGCACCAUCCACGCCUAUGACAAGAGAGAGCAGUACAUUCUACAGUUUAAGGAGCUGAGUGACAUCAACUCUAACCACUUCCUGCUGUUUAACUGUGGAGCUCGCUGGUUGUCCUUCUGGCUCGACUUCAUGUCUGUCUCCAUCACCUUCUUGGUGGCGCUUUUUGUGGUCCUGAUCUCCAACGACAUUAUCAACCCUGCUUUAAAGGGUCUGGCCCUGUCCUACACCAUCCAGUUGACAGGGAUGCUUCAGUAUGUGGUGAGAAUGUCUACGGAAGUGGAGGCCAAAUUCACCUCGGUGGAGAGACUGCAAGAGUACAUCACUGGCUGUGUCUCUGAAGCACCCAGACAAAUCAAAGGCACUAAGAUUCCUGAGGGCUGGCCACAAGAGGGCGCUAUAACCUUUAAAGACUACACAAUGAGAUACCGAGAGAAUACUCCCAUAGUACUUGAUGGUGUCAACCUCCAAAUCCAAGCCCAUGAAAAAGUGGGCAUUGUGGGAAGAACAGGCUCUGGUAAGUCCUCUCUGGGUGUAGCUCUGUUUCGCUUGGUGGAGCCAGCAGGGGGCAGUAUUCAGAUUGAUGGAAUGGACACUGGUGCUUUGGGACUGCAGGACUUGCGAAGUAAACUCUCAGUCAUACCACAGGAUCCUGUACUGUUCAUUGGCACUGUCAGGUAUAAUCUGGAUCCAUUUAAUAACCGCACAGAUGAAGAGAUAUGGAUGGCCUUAGAGAAGACCUACAUGAAAGACACGAUCUCGAAGUUACCGGAGAAGCUGCAGGCUCCAGUUGUGGAGAACGGAGAGAACUUCUCAGUGGGGGAGAGGCAGCUGAUGUGUAUGGCUCGAGCCCUGUUAAGGAACUCUAAAAUCAUCCUGCUGGAUGAGGCUACAGCCUCCAUUGACUCAGAGACAGAUUCCCUUAUUCAACACACCAUUAAAGAGUCUUUUCAGCACUGCACCAUGCUGACCAUUGCCCACCGCAUUCACACCGUGCUGGAGAGUGACCGCAUCCUCGUCAUGGAUCAGGGAAAGGUUGCUGAGUUUGACCGCCCUGAGGUUCUGAUACAGAGACCUGAAUCUUUGUUUGCAUCUCUGCUUGCAGCAGCUAAUAAUGUGAACACGUGAACAAUCGAAACAGUUGCACACAAUUACACACUGUUCACAGGAUAUGAAUUGCAUAUCCGGGGGCACUUGUGGCCUAAAGGUUGGAGAUGCAGGCUUGUGACCAAAAGUUUGUUGGUUUGAUCCCCUGGACCGGCAGGAAAAAUUCAAUUUUACUGUCAUUAACAAAAUGUGCAGGCACAUAUGUAAACGAAAAAAGGGCAGCAAAAAGAGUAAGCUACAAUUCAUCUGUUGUCACGAAAAUUACCCUCGGCUUGUUCCAGAGAGUUCAUUACCUCGACUUUCCGGACGGCAGUAGACCAAUUCAGGCAAGCCUCUCAAUGCAAACACAAUCCCAACGUCUCACACUCCCACGGAUUUUGUCUUAUGACUCCCAUAAGACUUUUGUUGACUUUCUUUCUCAAUGUUGCUAAAAACCCACAAAACAUAUUCAAAAUUCUGUCAUAGUAGACAUCUAAUGUGUGUUGUGCCAGAUAUAUGAUGUAAUGUGGCAAAAAUGCCUUGCCUAUGCUUCUGAUGAUGUUACUGAAGUACUGGGUUUUUGUAAAGAAUCUCUGUAGGCUAAGCAUAAUGUUCACUGCUGGAGUAAUGUGUUUAUGCACUUUGCUCUAAACCUAACUGUUUAUCAGCAAGAACACAUAGUUCACUUGAGGUUUGAAAACCACCAAAUCAUUUUUAGUUCGCUCAUGUAGUGCUCUCACAGGCAACAUUUAACUUCUUUCCACACUUUUAAGGUUUUUUUUUUUUUAAAGACAAUUAUUAUUAAUAAAUUCAGUAUUUUUACUGAGCCAUUGUAUUUCCAAAAAUUUAUAGUUUACUAGAUA